AGGUUAUGCGUAGUGAUGUUAUUGAUGUUGACAUGGAUGAAGAUUGUGGUGAUGUGAUGCUUAUUGAUAUGACCACUGGCACAAAUUGCAAGGGGAAGGAAUCUUUGAUCAAUCUGUCAUUGGGUCCUAGUACUGCAGAAAAUCUUGGGUCAGUGAUAGGAGUUCAGACUUCCAGUCAGAGCUGUGCCCCAGGCUCAUGUAGUUCAAUAAAUCUGGAUGGUUUCAGUCCUGACUUAUCUUUUGGUGAUGACGAGUGUAUGGAUAUUUUCUGUGACGACUUAACGUAUGAUGAUGAAUAUGCAAUGUUGCAAUCCCAUUUUGAUAGUAUAGAUAUUCCUCCUGGAAUUGAGGUUCCCAUUCCUUGGUUUCCAGAAAAUACAAAACAGCCAGCUACGACAGGUUGUUCAACCCAAUCAACUGAGCCAUUCCAAUGGGAUGUGAUGGGUCUCCCUCCUGGAACAGACUCAUCUCACUCAUCCUGCCCACCUGGGUCUGCCAAAAUAAGGCAAAAGUCAACUUCAAAGGGCAGUUCAGGCUUCCGAAUUCUAGUGGAUGCAGUCAGUGACCCAUCACCUUGGUCUUAUGUAGAACCUGCUCAAAGUAAGAAGAAAGGAGCAGCUUCACUUAGUUCAACUACAUUGAGUUUGCUACCCCAAAGGGGUGCUGUGGAUCUUCCAACUGGGGUGGAACCACUUAAAUCGUGGUGCUUUACUGAACCUUCACAUAGCAAAGGAAAGUCUGCAGUUCCUGGUAGUAGAACCCAUUAUCGUUCUCGUUGCCCUUUUCAACCUAUUGGCGGGUCUCUUUUUACUAAGAGUAGUAAGAAGCUAGCUGGUAUUGAUUCUAUUGAUAGUCUAACUUAUUCAAUUUCUCAUGCACCAAUGGACGCAAUGAGUCUCGCUCCGGGAAUAGGUGCACCCAUUUCUAUGUUGCAGGAUUUCCCCGUAUCAAAGAAAAAGUCUCAUAUGAGUGCUCUACAUCAUCAAAGUUAUAUCAAUCAAUCCAAUGCUGUACAAUACUUGCCUGGGGAAGAGGCUUUCCCCCCCUGGGUCCAUGAUCCGGUCAAAAGUCAAACUACUGCUGGCAGUGCGGGAAGUUCAGAAAUUAGGCAAAAUUAUGGAAAUGAAGUUGAUAUUCUGGAGAAGUUUAGUCUUUUUAAAAAAUUUGAUACAGUCCAAGAUCAUUUGGACCAUCACUAUUCCCGCAAUGGUUCUUCAUUGAAGCAGCCAUCAAAGAAUUGGGCAAAAAAAAUUCAAGAGGAGUGGAAGAUCCUGGAGCAAGAUUUGCCUGAUACAAUCUUUGUUAGGGUCUAUGAAUCACGGAUGGAUCUUUUGAGGGCAGUGAUUGUGGGAGCCGAGGGGACACCAUACCAUGAUGGUCUCUUCUUCUUUGAUGUUUUCUUCCCUUCCAGCUAUCCUGAUGUUCCACCUCAUGUGUAUUACCACUCUGGUGGUCUUCGAAUCAAUCCGAAUUUGUACGAUUCUGGAAAAGUAUGCCUAAGCCUUCUUAACACUUGGACUGGUAACCAGAAGGAGAAGUGGAUCCCUGGUUUGUCGACCAUGCUUCAAGUUCUAGUCUCUAUUCAAGGGCUGAUUUUGAAUGCAAAGCCCUAUUUUAAUGAGCCUGGAUAUGCAAUGAUGAGCGGCUCUGAGAGUGGAGAAAAGAGCUCUUUGGUGUACAAUGAGAACACUUUUAUCCUAUCACUGAAAACGAUGGUUUACACUAUGAGGAGGCCACCAAAGUAUUUUGAGGACUUUGUUGUUGGGCAUUUUCGUAAGUAUGGUCAGGAUAUUCUGGUGGCAUGCAAGGCAUAUAUGGAAGGCGCUCAAGUAGGGUGUCUUGUCAAAGGAGGCGUUCAGGAUGUUGAUGAGGGUGACAAGAGCUGCUCGGAGCAUUUUAAGCGCUCUCUGGCUGGGUACAUUAAUACACUUGUGAGUGCUUUUACACAAAUUGGAGCUAAGGACUGUGAAAAGUUCCUUUCCCUGGCACAAAAAGGUAACAGGCCAGGGACUGCUCCGCCGAAUCCCGCAAAUUAUUUAUCAUACUGAUGAGAAGGCAAUUUUGGUGCGUUCAUGUAAAGUAUAUUUGCAUGUUAGAAUUGAAUUUCGAUUUGUUAAUUUUGAAUCAUAUUAUGGAUUAUGGUAAGUUUGUAACAUUAGGAUGCUUCACUAAACAUUUGGAAAAUAAAUGCUUAUCGGUGUAAAUAUGAUUGGGGUAUAGAGUCUAUAAUUAAUCUUGUCAAAAUUAUUAUUGGUAUAAUGGGUG